AUGGCGCCGCUUCGGGGAGGUGAACAGGUCUAUGCGACGCUUCUGUUAAACGACACUUACCUUCCAGGCGCAUUGGUUCUCGCUCAUUCUCUCCGCGAUGCUGGCACUUCGAAACAGCUGAUCAUCCUCGUCACGCUCGACACUGUAUCCGCCGAGGUCAUCACAGAACUCACGGCCGUCUACGAUCAUGUCAUCCCCGUGCCGCGCAUUCGCAACGCCCGACCUGCAAACCUCUACCUCAUGAAUCGGCCUGAUCUUCAUUCGGCCUUUACCAAGGUCAACCUCUGGAGACAGACCCAAUUCUCCAAAAUAGUCUACAUCGAUGCCGACGUUGUCGCCUACCGAGCUCCGGAUGAGCUAUUCGACAUCGCCGCGCCCUUUUCUGCCGCACCCGAUAUCGGAUGGCCGGAUCUUUUCAAUACUGGUGUCAUGGUUUUGAGCCCCAACAUGGGAGACUACUAUGCUCUCACGGCAAUGGCCGAAAGAGGUAUCUCUUUCGAUGGUGCCGACCAAGGUCUCCUCAAUAUGCACUUCAAGAAUACGUAUAACCGCAUCAGCUUCACCUACAAUGUCACACCAUCGGCUCAUUAUCAGUAUGUGCCUGCGUACCGACACUUCCAGUCAAGCAUCAACAUGGUGCAUUUCAUUGGCCCCGAUAAGCCCUGGUUCCAAGGUCGACAAGCAAGCAAGGGAGAUUCGCCAUUCGAAGACAUGAUUGGCAGAUGGAAAUGGCACCUGCUCCGUCACAAGGACAGCAGCGACAGCUUCCAGAAGAGACUAACCAAGCUUCGCAAGAGCAGACAAACCAAGAGCAACAGGUUCCUGAGAUCGUACAGUACUUUACUAAAGGAGAAUUCCAGCCGCAAGCUGCCCAAGCAACUUCAACGGGUGAGCAUAAUAACGUGGCGGAAACUCCUCACAGUCACGAUAGCACACACUAUCAGAUGGCACCCCCUUCCUCGGGUCAUCAGGCUCAUGGCCUUUCCCACCAUGAUGCCCAUGAUGCUGGCUCCUUCCAGCCGUGUGUUCAUCAUGAACAACCCCAUCAUGGUCAAGGAUCCCAGCCUGAGAUUGCGUAUCAGGCUGGCCAUUCGUCCACCCCUUCUAGCGAGUCAUUUGGUGCUUUUGCUGGAACGCAAGCUGAGGCUCGACCAGAGCAGAUUUCAGCACACGGGGGGCGGGGUGAAUCAGUACCAGUGGUGCAACAUAGAGAGCCAACUCCUCCUGCAUGGGACGCUCAGAGAUUCAAGACCGGAAGCACUCAACUUCCCUUCACAGACGUAUGAGAUGUCUCAGGACCCCGCUCCAUUUGUGCCCCCCCACCGAUACCCGAGUCCCCCAAGAAAUAUGUGGUAUGAGCUUCCGAAAGACAAGCCAACGCAGAAGCCUCGUCACCUUUUCCCAUGGGAAGUCAACCAACCCAAGCCGACCAGAGUCUUCACUACGGACUCGGCAGAGCCAGAAGCCGAGGAACCUUCGAGCACGCCGACUGGUGAGCACGCGGCGUCUCCCAUGGCGUCUUCCAUAUCUCAGGCUCCCGCUGAGCUGUCUCUUCUAGGAUCAUCGACGACUGGUCAAAAGAGCGAGCCCAGCACCCCAGCUACUCCAACUAUCAAAGUCAGCCCGUCAGAUCCUUGGACCGCUUUCACACGUACAAAUGCCUGGGACGAAGUACCCGAAAUCGAGCGUUACGUCGAGGGUCUCCAAAAGCAUCGUCGUGGAAAGAGCCAGGGCUCGGUAGGAAUCUCUGAUGGAAAGAUAGCAAAGGAGCACGGGCUCAAGCUCACAGACUUCCCUAGCGUAGUCGAAAGACCUAGUCUUCCAGUCACUCCUGCACCUAUCCGUCGGCCAAAAUUCUGGGGCGGUGGCCCCGGACCUGGCGACGGAGAGGAUGACGAGGAACUGCCGGUCGCCCAGGGCGUGCCGCCGCAGACUGACUGGGAUCCUUCUGCACAGCUUCAGGAAUUGGCUAAGCAGCAGUCAGAGGCUUUGUUGAAGAAGCUGGGUGGUGGUGAAGGUGGACCCGAGGGUGUGAGUCGCGAGAUCCCAAAACGUUCCUUGUCGUCCGGCUCGGAGGGAGUGUUUCCACCUACUUAUGUUGCGCAGUCGUCGAAAGGGGUGGUGCUCAGUCCGCAGCCGGUAAAAGGCAGCGCGACAACGAGCGCCUUGCGUAAUCUGGGUGAUGGGCAGGGUCAUCUGGCAUCUUCAACAACAUCGCAGAUCCAGGAGCCGGCUUACCAGGGUCCAGGUGCCGCCUGGGAGAGGGGAGAGGGUGCCCCGUUGUGGGAAACGCCCGCACUUCCUGCGGAGGAGCAGCGCGAUGUGCUUGACACAUAA